AUGGUUUUUAUGAAGAUUCUCCCACUCAUCUUCGCGCUUUUAGCGCUUCCCUCGUCUAUCGCAACGGACAAAUACCAUGACUCCAAGACUGCAGCUUCCGUUUCCAGGACACUAAUUCAACGCGAGUCUCUUGCAAUGGUCAACACGGUGUAUGAAGAUGAGCUUCGAAAAGGGUAUCCGGUGUCAUUUGCAGAGUAUUAUGUCGAUUGUGAUCAUACGGGUGAACCUAUACUGCUAAUGGUGGAGAUGUCAACUAGCAUGGUGAAUAUCAGAAAAAACUCAUCAGUUUCUCUUAGUAUCAAGGUGGGUGAUCACGAUCCUCAUGAUAAAGUGGACGACAAAUAUCCUGGGCGCGUUGCUGGCUCUAUUGCUGGAUCUCCAAGGGUUAGUUUACGCGGCCAUCUUGAGCCAUACCAUCCAGACCCGAUAUGCCCGUUACGGUUUGCCAGGAAACACCCAGAUUCCACUGUUUGGUUUCCUGGAAAUGCCAUUCAUUCCACUAAUUGGUAUCGUUUUGUUGUUGAGGGUGUUUACUUCAUUGGAGGGUUUGGGGAUCGAGCUUAUAUUGGGGAGAUUCCGGUUGAGGAGUACCUCGAUGCGGAGCCGUUGGAAUCAGGCAUACUGCUGCAAUGA